AUGCCGCUGUCUGCAGAGGUGGAGCGCCAAGUUGCUGCCCUGAUCGAAGGGAGCAAGAAUGGUGAGUUCUUGGUCAGGAAUGUCCAAGAAAUCUUCAGCAUCCUGCGCCGCAACAGCCUCCUCACCACCAUGAGAAUCCCCCCCAUGGCGGUCGGGGUGCACCCGCAGAACCGCGACGGUGCCGCCCUAGUGACUCAAGAUGUCCACGAACUUCUGGAGAGUAUAGUUCAGGUUGGCUUUACCCCCAGUCGCGUCAAUGCGAUCGGCAUAGAGGUCGCCAGCGAGGGAGAAAGAGAGUUCAACAAACAGCUCGUGAUGUCUGCCGGCUCGCAGCUGGGCCAGAUGGACUCUGAAGCACUUAAGGCGCUGAGCUUGUCUGGGAGCCACACAAACUGGGCACUGCGCCUGGUGGCUAGUGGCUCGCCGCAUGCGUCUGACAUCAUCUCAGUCAACGGGCAUGUCUCGUUUGAACUUGUGGAGAAGCGGGACAAAUGUCUGGCUGAUCAUGCCCGCGAGGGCCUCACAUGGCAGAUCAUUGCCAGCGAGGUUGGCCGGCGCUUUCCAGAGCUUCUUCAGAUGGUCCAGGCGUCUUGUAACGCCACAUUGCAAAAGACCGAAUCGGAGCUCCAGCUCCUGAGGCGUGUGUGUUCCUUGCUCUCCAAAGUUGCAGAUGGCAAGCCCGACUACAAGCUCAUCAAGAAGCAGGCUUUGGCCUCGAAGCCGCCAUGCGGCGACAGCCUUGCGGGCAUCUAUGCCUUUGCUCUGAAGCCACAUGUCUCAAUGUUCAGUGGUGGGGCUACAGCAUGGAUGGUUACGGAAACCGAAAGCUUCGUCCGAGCUAAUGGCUACCCCAGAACUUUGGGCCCCGCCUUCUGGGAUGAGUUGGCAGCAGACGCGAAGUUUUCAGACCAAGUUCCAUGCCUUCGUCACGCAAUCCUGAAAUUGGCUUGCUCAGGCCAAGUCAUCACGCCCGCCAACCUGAAAAAGGUUUUUGGCAAGGACGGCUUUUGCAAGGCACAGUCGGCCGACGCCGUCAUCAGGAAGCUUAGAGAUGUCUUGAGUGAGAAUGGCCUGGACAUCAUGGCAGAUCCACGAUUGCUGAAUCUCAUGGGCGUGACAGAAAUCAACAUCGCAAGAAUGGUUUUGGGUAUGGCCUCACCUGCCCAGGAGAAGCCCUAUGAGAGCGUGGAAGCUGUUGGUCAUGACUGCGUUCUCCUUUUGAAUGCGAUCCUAGGCUCUACCAUGUCCAGCCCAUGGCUGUCGUACGCACAAAAGACAGAUGAAGGCCCUGCAGGCAGCGCAGCAUCAUCCAGUGGCAUAGGGGAACGCCUUCGGGAAUUGAAUCCCGAUGGCAGCCUCAAGGAUCCCUCGAUCCUGCUUCUUGAUAUGGGGUUCACACCCGGCGCCUACUGCAAGCGCAAGACUGAGAAAGUUGCCAUGGAAUGCCAGGUGCAGUCAGUGGAGGGCAAGACGGUGCAGCUCAAGGAGCUGAAGUCGGGCGGGCUGCUCAAGAUCGGCACUGAGGAUUUCAUGGCAGGACAGUGGAUCCUUUUCAAGCCCAAGGCCGGACCGGAGUGCUUGGAGGACCUAACCGGCAUGGGGCCUCAUGACAGCGAGGAAUUCAAGCUUGCGUUGAUGAUCGCGGACAUCCAUCAAGAGGUCCAUGGGCUAGUGAAGUCUUGUGACUCCCACAAGAUGCUCUCCAAGCUGGCAAUCCAGAUCAAGCCGGCCAAAGGCAUUAUUGCCAAAGCAGCCUUUCCCAAAGGGAAGCUGGUCCUGGAGGAUCUCGCGAACAUGGAGGUUUUCCUCUCAGGCAACAAGGCUUCCAAGGUGCGGAUCCCCUUGUACAGGAACACGAAGAAGAUUGCUAUCGAUGAUCACCUUCAAAUCUCUAAGGUCAAGAAUGUAGCCAGCCAGAUCGCUGCAGAAGAGCCUCCAGCCAAGCGCCCCAAGAAGUGA